AUGAAGAAUUUUAUAAUUAUAUAUGCAUCUAUAGUACGAUUUAGAGACAAGAUACCUAUUUUUACUUACUAUAUUAAAACUGAAUCAGAAUUAAGAGUAGAGAUAGUGCGUUCUUUAAAUUUAUUUUUUCAAUCUAGUUCUAUAGGAGCAUUUCCAGAUACAUUUCCAUUUGAGCAUGGAAUAAUAUAUUCUAUAUACAACAAAAACUUGACAUUAAUUUAUAUCAUUAUAACAAAAAAAGGAGAAAUACCCGACAAAUAUGCUUUUUCGUUUUUAGAUGAAUGUAUAAAUAAAUUAGAAAAUAAAAUAGAUUAUAAAAAUUUGCAUAAUCUACCAAAGAAUAAUUAUUCCAGAACAUUUAAAAGUUUUUAUCAGAAUUUAAUUAAAAAAUAUAAUGCUGAAUAUAUGAAUAAUUUUGAAAGACUUGAUAAAAAAAUUGUCAGAAUAUUAUCAACUAUACAUAAAGGGAUAGAAACAUCAUUAAAAAAUAAAGACAAUUUAUCAAAAUUAGAAAGUAGAUUAAAUAGUUUAGCUAUUAAUGCAAAAAUUGUAAGUUUUGAAUUAUUGUAA